GAGCUCUGAUAUGCAUCAGACGCUGGGCGCAGUACGCCUUGCAUACCGCUCGCGUAUAGCUAACCUCGUUAAAUCAGGUAUGAUUGACAACGCUGUUCAGGUGUUCGAUGAAAUGCGUCACUCAAGCUACCGAGUUUUCUCCUUCGAUUAUAAUCGUUUCAUCGGGGUUUUGGUUAGAGAGUCUAGAUUUGAGCUUGCUGAGGCAAUAUAUUGGGAUAUGAAGCCCAUGGGUUUUUCUCUCAUCCCCUUCACUUACUCAAGGUUUAUCUCGGGUUUAUGUAAAGUUAAAAAAUUUGAUCUCAUUGACGCUCUACUGAGUGAUAUGGAAACCCUUGGAUUCAUACCAGAUAUCUGGGCGUUCAAUGUCUAUUUGGAUCUGUUGUGUCGAGAGAAUAAGGUAGGUUUUGCUGUUCAGACGUUCUUUUGUAUGGUUCAGAGAGGUAGGGAACCUGAUGUUGUAUCUUAUACUAUACUUAUUAAUGGGUUAUUUAGAGCUGGUAAGGUUACUGAUGCUGUUGAGAUUUGGAAUGCAAUGAUUCGUAGCGGGGUUAGUCCGGAUAAUAAAGCAUGUGCAGCACUUGUUGUUGGGUUAUGUCAUGCUCGGAAAGUUGAUUUGGCUUAUGAGAUGGUGGCGGAGGAGAUCAAAAGUGCACGAGUUAAGCUUAGUACAGUGGUGUAUAAUGCGUUGAUUAGUGGGUUUUGUAAAGCGGGUAGAAUAGAAAAGGCAGAAGCUUUAAAAUCAUAUAUGAGUAAGAUUGGGUGUGAGCCGGAUCUUGUUACGUACAAUGUGUUGUUGAAUUAUUAUUAUGAUAACAAUAUGUUGAAGAGAGCGGAAGGGGUGAUGGCUGAGAUGGUAAGAAGCGGGAUACAGCUUGAUGCUUAUAGUUAUAACCAGUUGCUUAAGCGGCAUUGCAGGGUUAGUCAUCCUGAUAAGUGCUAUAACUUCAUGGUAAAGGAGAUGGAGCCUAGAGGUUUUUGUGAUGUCGUUUCGUACAGUACUCUGAUCGAAACAUUCUGUAGGGCGUCAAACACGAGGAAGGCUUACAGGCUCUUUGAGGAGAUGAGACAGAAAGGGAUGGUAAUGAAUGUGGUCACAUACACGAGUCUUAUCAAGGCUUUUCUUAGGGAAGGUAACUCUAGCGUUGCAAAGAAGCUUCUUGAUCAGAUGACAGAGUUAGGUCUGUCACCAGAUCGCAUUUUCUACACGACAAUCCUGGACCAUUUGUGUAAAUCCGGAAAUGUGGACAAGGCUUAUGGUGUUUUUAAUGACAUGAUAGAGCACGAAAUUACACCGGAUGCGAUUUCAUACAACUCCCUUAUUAGUGGCCUCUGCAGGUCUGGUAGAGUAACUGAAGCUAUAAAAUUGUUUGAGGACAUGAAAGGUAAAGAAUGUUGUCCUGAUGAAUUAACUUUCAAGUUCAUUAUCGGAGGACUCAUACGGGGAAAAAAAUUAUCAGCAGCCUACAAGGUUUGGGAUCAGAUGAUGGAUAAAGGAUUCACGCUUGAUAGGGAUGUGUCCGAUACACUCAUCAAGGCUAGCUGUUCAAUGAGUGCUGAUGCGUAGGCAUAAUAAGGGGAUAGACUUUUAAAGUUGUCCAAAUUGCCCUCUCCUGUGCAAAAAUGCCAUCAUAGUCAAUAUUAUGGCGACACAGAGAUGCUGAUACAGAGCUAUUAAAGCCUCUACUGUUGCCUGCUGCUGCUCGGAGAGAAAGAAGAAACCUAUCAGCGACAUUAUAUGCUCCCGAAGGAUCAUUAUUUGUGGUCAGAUUAUGGAACAAGACAACCAGCUCUCUUACAUUGACUCAGUUUAAACCAAGUCCUCAGAAAUAUUAGACUGAGGACUCAGCUUAUUAGACUGAGAAAAAGAUCUUCCUUUAUUAUGCUUAGGCACAUCAAGAUUAUUGAUACUUGAUAUGAGAAGCAUGGAUUCCUCCUUCAAUGGUACGCUUGUAGGACUUUUUUUUUUGCACCACGCUUGUAGAACGUAACUCCACUGUCAGAUGCAGUCUCGAUUAAGUAUCAUGUUGGAAUGUAUGCUACCAAUGAGGUUUUGGAUCUUGAUAUGCCAAGAGCUUAAGACGUAACUGAUAUGCAUCUUAAAAAGCUCAGACGUUAUCUCACUAGUGUAUUGUUAGUUUUGCAGGACUUUGUUUCAGAACGUGCCAACCUUUUCCCUUUUGUCAGAAUAUUGUCAUGAUUCUGCAUAUUUUCAUAGA